CCCCGACGCGUCGCUAUGGUUGCGAGCCCACGCGCGCCUCAGCCAUUCUCGCGAGAGCAGAGUGCGCGGCGCAUCUUACACCUCACUUCCGGGAGCUCCACAUCCGGCGCGGCCUGUGUCCCGCCUCCUCGGGUGCGGCGGGGCCGCGGUCCGGAUGUGGCGGGGCCGGAGCGGCGGCCCGCGGGGAGCGGCGGACGUGCCCCCAUGAGGACAUCCCCAAGCUGGGCGCCGCCCGUGAUGGCCGCUCCCCGGAGGGCCGCUCCCUGGAGGAGCGCGCUCCUGAUGCUGCUGGCCGCCCAAGCCCUGGCCUCCGUGGGCUGCUCGGAGGAGGAGGCGAUCCCCGAAGAGUGGGUGCUGCUGCAUGUCGUCCAGGGCCAGGUGGGCGCCGGGAAUUACAGCUACUUGAGGCUGAACCACGAGGGGAAGGUCAUUCUCAGGAUGCGGAGCUUCAGAGGGGACGCAGACCUGUACGUCUCCGACAGCACCCUCCACCCGAGUUUCGACGACUACGAGCUGCAGUCGGUCACCUGCGGCCAGGACACUGUUUGGAUACCGGCCCAUUUCCAGCGGCCCGUGGGAAUAGGCAUCUACGGACACCCGUCGCACCACGAGAGCGAGUUUGAGAUGAAAGUGUAUUACGACAGGACCGUGGAGCAGUACCCGUUCGGUGAGGCCGCCUACUCGGACGGGGCCGAGCCGGGCCAGAAGCCCCCCUAUGCUCCCGAAGACACGCCCCAGGAGGAGGAGUCCGUCCUCUGGACGAUAGUAAUCAGCAUCCUGAAGCUGGUACUGGAGAUCCUUUUCUGACUCACUCGUAACCGUGCGGUUGGCUGCACUUUGUUGUGAACCUGCUACUUUCAUCCGGUCGAAAGCCUGGUUACCUUUUCCAGUGAAGGGAUGGAAAAACUAAAGCCAUACAGAGUUCUGUUACCUCAGUUACCCGAAAACAAGGAAAGCAGCGAGCACAAUCAUUUGUUUAAAACACAGAAUUCCUAUAAAAGGAAUAUACUCAAUAAACUCCAUUUUGAUUAGUUUGUCGAGUGAUUAAACAGAGAGAACUCCAGUAACUUAGGGUUUAUAUAAAGUAGUGCGAAAUUCCAUGCAGCUACACAGAUUUAGACUGGAAAGCUGAUUAACUAGAAUUUUACUCCACAGGUUCUAAAUGAAGUUUACUGUGUAGGUUUCUGAGCAUUACUAAAAUCAAAGUCAGAAAGAUAAUGCUUUAUUUACACUUCCCUGAAUGAAGACGAAUGCUCCAAGCCUGUGGCCCGAGUAGCACUAAAACAGUAUGUCCAACAUGAUUUCUUGGCAGGCAGGCUGCACCAGUUAACUUCAGUACCCAGCCACAUCAACUUAGUGUAGGCCAUUUGUCAUUUUAUCAUCUUGGGCUAUUAAAGUUCUUCAGUUAUGAAAUGACUCUACCUAUGGUAGGCCAGAAACAAUACAAGAUUAGGAAAACUUCAUGAAAAUAAAUGUUUCUCAAGCUAAUGGAGAAAUAGUUAAGUAGUCUAAAUUAAAUUGCUCUAUUUUGCAACUUAGUUUCUCGAGAGAGCCAAAGUACUGAGAUAAAUCUUUUGGAAGAUGAAUUAUUUUUCUACCUGGAAUUACUUUCAAGAGUAAGAGCAACUUAUAAUAAAGUAAAUCAGCUUGCAGAUUUCAAGCUCACAGUUAAUUUCAAAAACUUUUAUUGGCAUAAAAAUGAAAAUGUAAAUAAAUUGGCACCAAAUAUUCCACUUAAAUGGAUAUACAGUGUGACAAAAAAACUAUUUUAUCCCUCUUUGCUGUUUUUACCCCUUCUGCCCACUUUCCUGGGUGUUGGGGGGGCUCGCUGACAACAGUCACAAAUCCAGCGACCUAGGAAAAAAAUUAGUUAAUAUAUGAUCAAAUUUUAUUUUUACAGGAUAAAGAUCUCCUUCCGUAACUCUCACUAAUCAUAUUCUAUGCAUUUUCAGUGGGAAGGGCACUAAUAGUUCCUUAAGGAAAAAAAAAUUUAAACUUCUUUUGAAGUUAAUCUUGUAAUCAGUGCUAUGCAAGGGAGGGAUACGUAAUGCUACAGAAUGACAUGAACCUUUAAAAAACUAAUAGAAUCCCUCCCCAAAUCCAAACACUAUCAAAAUUUAAAAUUUCAGUAAUAUAAAGCCUAAAAUAAAACCUGUUACUGAAUUUGGCUUUUUUAAAUCUUUUCUCCCUGCUGCCAUAAAGACCUGGCAUAUUAUGCUGGCACUGCACAGGAGUAAACUACACUGUAUACUUGAUCUGAAUCACUACACAACUCUGUGUACGUUGCUCACUUCUUGAUACCCAGGAAACAGUUCUACACAUAUGAAGCAUUGUUAGGGCUAACUAUGCAAAUUCCAAAAUUAGAGUUAUGUGUGUAUAAUGUUUGAAUCCAAUUACUGUGAUUUAGUCAAUCCUGUGUUCAUCCAAAAGUUAUCUGGAAUCAUGCUGCCUCAACUUGAAGAGAUCUGGCUUAAUAUGUAUAAAGGUAUAACAGUCAUUUUAUUAUAUUUCUAAAUAGAUGACUUAUAAAAAUAAAAUUAAGGCUUUGAAACAAA